AUGAAAAAGAUUCUCGUCGCAAUGAGCGGUGGCGUAGACAGUUCUGUCACUGCUGCCAUGAUGGUGGACGUAGGUUAUGAUGUCACCGGCAUCACGAUGCGCCUCGGCGCGCCCGAUACCAUUGAAGUGGAACCGGAGCGUCCCAACUGCUGUUCGCUUGAAGGCAUUGAGGAUGCCCGCCGUGUCGCCACGCAACUCGGCAUCCCUUUCUACGGCGUGAAUUACGAAGACGCUUUCCGCGAACAGAUUAUCGACUAUUUCGUGGAGGAAUACCUCGUCGGCAGAACCCCAAGUCCCUGUAUGGUAUGUAACCGAGAACUGAAGUUUGGGAGACUCCUUGACCUCGCCAAGACGUUGGCAUGCGAUGCCAUCGCCACGGGGCAUUAUGCCCGCAUUGAACAGCAUCCAGAGACAGGACGCUAUCUCUUACGCAAAGCACGGGAUGUCAGCAAAGACCAGUCUUAUUUCCUCGCCGCGCUCACACAGGAGCAAUUGCGCUGUGCGAUGAUGCCCCUCGGUGAAUACACGAAAACCGAGGUCCGCGACCUCGCCCGGAAGUAUCAGUUGCGAACCGCUGAAAAAAUUGAGAGCCAGGAACUCUGUUUCGUUGCCGACACCAACUAUCGACGUUUCCUUCAGGACAGAGUCCCUGAGAAGAUUCAGGGCGGUAAUAUUAUUGACGAAGAAGGCAAGGUCCUCGGUCAGCAUGACGGUGUACCGUUUUUUACCGUCGGACAACGGCGUGGCUUAGGUAUUGCAGUCGGCAAACCGCUCUAUGUGACCCAGCUCAACGCAACAGAGAAUACCGUUGUGGUCGGUGAAUCCGAUGCUCUAUUUGAGGACACAAUGCACGUUGAACGCAUCAACCUCAUCGCCAUUGAGAAAUUGACAGAGCCGAUCCGUGCGCACGUCAAAAUCCGAUCCCGUGAUGACGGCGGUCCCGCGACAAUCACGCCUAUCAGCGACACAGAAGCGGUUGUAAAGUUUGACGAGCCGCGCCGUGCUAUUACACCCGGACAAGCCACUGUCUUUUACGACGGUGAAUACGUCCUCGGCGGCGGUUGGAUUGUAGGCGCUCGUGAUGCCACUGUGGGAGGGAUUUGUAAUCCCGAUCUUCCCUCGUAG